AUGGAGGUUUUGUUUCAGAUAGCUAGCCUAGCCUCAAGUACUGGAUCUUUGACUUUCGUCAUUAUUGCCCUGAUAUCACAUAGUUUUCUGCAAAAAGAAUGGUACGAGCCCAAUUUUGCAGAUGGUGCCUUCAAAAGUGGCCUACAACAUCACUUUAUUGGGCCUAUCCCUAUAGCAUUUAGAAGAGAGAGUGCUACUAGAAUGACAAAAGAAUUUCAAAACUUUGCAAAGCCAUCACCUUGA